GUGAAUCUAAAAGUUGCACUGUCCGUUUAUAGAUUUACUUGCUCAACUUGUCUAUCACCUUGUCACCUCUCUCUCCUCUCCCCUCUCCCCUCUCCCCUCUCCCUCUCUCCCAAGGAAAUUCAAGCCGAGAACGCGAGCUCUCUUCUUGGACCCUUUCUUUCCUUACCCCAAAGAGAAACCUGGAAAGGAUUAGCCCCCCCGGAACUCCCCUCAUAAUCUACCCAAGCUUGUCGCCCAAAAUUCGAUUAUUGGUCUGUUCCCCACCACCAGGCCAAUAAGGAAAGCUUUCCCAACACUCUCGCGCUCUCCAGAUAUCCAUCCAUCUUUCUUUGAUUCUUCAUUUAAAAAUAUACUUAUUAAACAACCUAAUGAUAUUUAAGGCAUAAUACAUUCAUUCCAUUUCAUGUCCCCCCCCAACAUUUGUUCCUUCUUCCUUUCGAACGAGGAUUAUGGAGGAGUGAUCAGAAUCUUCCCAACCUUGGUCAACUCACGUACAUUGAUUUCUUCCCCAUCUCUUUCAACCCAAGCUGGAACCCAUCCACGAGCACGAGGAGUAACUUUCUCGACGAAGUAAAUAUCACACGGAAGACAUCGUUGAGCUAUCGGUCACACAGCUAUCGAGUAACGCCGAAUCGCAAAAAAUCUAUCAUUUUGUACAUACUUGAUACUGGAAUCCCCGAUACUCAAUGGUCGAUACUCUACAUCCUCAAUAGCUUCCCUGGGAACUCCUCUCACGAAUUUUCUUUUUCCGUUAAUUUCUUUUUGGCACUCAUGCUUGCGAUUCAACGUCUUAAUAUGGGUUCGUCGAAGCCACCCGACCUUGACAUGCCAUUUGGCUAUGCAUUUGAUUCACAUUCCACUUUUCCUUUCCCGUCACCGACAGCUCCAGCACCAGGUCCUCCAUUACUCGACGAUAGCGAAUCCAACCUUCUCGAUACUUUCUUUGACGGAGUAAGCUCUGAUCAUUUUAAUUACGACUUCUUCCCAAAUACACAGGAUGGGGGGGAACUUGGAGGGGGGUGGGAAGAAUUACCCCCGGCUUUCAUGGGGACGAGGGUUACUUUUGAUCAACAACCUCAACUUCUAAAUCAAAUGUCCUCGAAUUUCGGCGAUAGGAAUACCGGAAUGCACCCACCACUAUCUCAACCAUCUGUGUCACAUUUGCCACCUUCGACUGAAUCCGCAGAUGUUCUAGCAGCUGCUACCGUGUUACAAAAUGGUUCAAAUGCCCGUUCGCAUAGUUUAAGCAGUGAAACUUUGUUUGGAAAUCAUGGCUUGCCAUCGCAUCCGGGGAAUCAUCACAUCAGACCACAAUCCAUGUCACAUUAUCCUACUUCAAUAUCAGGACUGGAUAGACCUCGAGAUGGAUUUAUGCGCGAUACUUUAUAUACCGAAAUGAUGUUUGGACCGAAUCAUGCCGGCCCAGAUUUAAUGAGAAGGCCAAAACCAGUUCCUCAAAAAGUCGAUAUAAGAUGGGGUUCUGAUGCAGGAUUUGGAUCACCACAAGGAUUCGUUCCACCACCAAAUGCAGCAAAAGUUGAGGAAUCGGAACGACAAAGAUUACAGACGCUCGAUGGAUUUAUUGGGGUAGCUCUAUGUGCGGAAAGUAGUGCAGAAAAUACGAGACCGAAUAGUCCAAUAAUGCAAAAGAACAUACCAACACAACGACGGCAAAGCUCGGGGGUUGUCAAAGAAGAAGACACGGAACCACCAAAGAAGCGACGGAAGAGUAAAUUUAGUCCAGUUGAAGAUGCCGGAGAAGAUGAUGAGGAACCACAGCCUAAAGUCGAUGGUAGGAGAAAGAGGAAAUCCGUGGUAAAAAUUAGUGGAAGCUCCCCGGGACCAUCGGAAGCAGGUCACAAACGACGAAAAUCUUCUUCGGCUGCGGCGAAAUCCACCAGAGAAAAUUUAACAGAAGAUCAAAAGAGAGAAAAUCAUAUCAAGAGUGAACAAAAACGAAGGACUUUAAUUCGAGAAGGAUUUGAGGAUUUAGGGGAAUUGGUACCAGGAUUAAGGGGUGGUGGGUUCAGCAAGAGUGCGAUCUUGGUAAUGACGGCGGAUUGGUUGGAGGAGUUAAUGCAAGGAAAUCAAGCCCUACGGAGCAAGAUCGAUGCUGCGAAAGGGAGAUGAAAUGGAGAGACGAGUCAUUGAUCACUGUUCUUGCGCAUGAUCAUCUCCAUAGUUGAAACUUGGAAGGGGGUAUCAAGUUCGGCAGUAAACUGUUCCGAAUUCCUGGAGUGAAAAUGGGAAAGGACAUGAAGUGUCCAUGGAGUUUGGCGUUUGGUUAUAAGGGCGGAAUUCAGACCAUACGCACAAUGAGUAGCUUCCAGUCUCUCUAGCAUAUAGGGGUUGAGACGAAAUAAAGAUACCACGUGGAAAUGAUGGAAAUAUCAUGCCGAAUCUGCAAUCAUCUUGUGGAAAAUGAAAUGAAUGUAAUCGGUAGUAAAGACUACCUAGUUAGUUAUCCAUUGGGGAAUGAGUAUAUGCUGCAUAGUCGCAGUAUAGCAAUGAAUUAUAAAAGUUCAGACCAGAUUGGAUUUCAAAUGUAUACGACCCGAUUGAUCAUACUUAUAGGAAGACUCGGGUUAAAUGGAAUCCACUUCUGGUGUUUCUAGCAAUUUUGGUAUUUCCAAGUCCUAUCUGCAUCAUUUUCUAUUUAUGGAACCAUGGAUUGAAUUAGAGCAACUGGCUCCUUUUUCUUACGAGAUAUCUUUGGCUCCCACUUGUCAAACUCGGUUUUCUGCCAUCAGACCAAUCCAAGCACACUCUUUCGGAGUAGGGUUGUCAUGAUCUUGUCUUUGGCAUUAGCAUCAUAUUAUCAAACCAUCACAUCGGGAUACACUCUACGUCCUGCAUAGAUAGUUCAAGAGAAAUAUUAGAUGCCACAUACAAUGUAUA